GAGAGAUCUGCCGUGAGAUAUACUUAUAUGUGGUCGGUAGGCAACUGCGCGGUUCCUCCAGCGAAACAAGGUUUCCAGCACCGUUCGCCGUAGUCUAUAAUGUCGUCAAAGCCCGCAAGCAGAUGCAACGAUAUGAUCAUGGGUGUGGAACCCUCAGCCUCCCAGCAGCCUCCGAGCAUGCACGACGCGCGGUCAUCCAGGCAUCGAGGCGGAAUCCGCUUCCCUCCACUGGAUUUGCAUCAUGACAUUUCCCGUUUCCCCGCCGCCGGGCAACCCCGAACGGUGGGUAGGGGUUUGGGAGGGGUGGGUAUCUCAACAUCAGCUGGCCUGGCUUUGGAGGUAGUGGUAGGGGGGGGGGGGGGGGGGGGGGGGGCGACAAUCCCAACCAGCACCCGUGCUCUAGCGAACUGGUGUUCAUCCAGGGUUCGACAGGAGGUUUUCAAAGUUUGUCUUCUACCUACGGUUGGGUGUGAGAUCAUAGAAAGAACAUCUAUCGCAUUGACAGUCAUAAAUGAAAAGAUUUUUUACCGGACCCUAACGGAAGUAGGAACCAUGCGGGGAGAUAUUCUGCUGUCAGAAUGGGAGUUUUGCACGGUGGACGAUGGAUGGUGAUAUCAUCCGUCCGGAACGGAUGGAUAAGGUCGAAGUCGAGAGCGUAAUUGCAUGCUGGGUAUGCUGUGCAGUUAGGCUGAGAGAUUGUUUGACCGGGGUGUUUGACCGGGGCUGUGGUCGCCUCUUCACUUCUCUUCCUAUUCUUAUGGUGUGAUUGGUAUUUACUGGUAGAACAGCGGCGUUGAUCUGCAGCUACUGUCAGUCUGCGCGAUC